CUUCAAGUUCUCACCUCCAGCAACGACGCGACUUAUCGCUAAUGAGCUCAGAUGGCUUCUUUGAUGACGACGAUAUCGACGAUGCAUUCUUGGAGGAGCUUAAUGCCAUCGAAGCUGCUCACUUUUCCCCUCCCAAAGCGGCUCGACCAAUUGCUCCACUGGCUGUCGACGAGGACGACUCAUUCGACCUAACAUUCGAUUUUAACGAAGAAGACCUCAGGAGGGUCGAUCAGGAUGUCAUGAAGAGCUAUCAAAGUCAAUCCUCAGGCUUGGCGUCUACCAGAAAGUCCUCAUCCUCAGGUCAUUUGCAAACAACGCUCUUUGGGGAAGUCCUGCCACCGAGCGCUUCAUCUUCUAAGCCCAAAACUGCCCCACAAAGAGUUCAAUCUACGUCUAGGAAUCCCUUUGGUCACCAGGCACCCAAGACCAAGUACUGGGAUCACACUGAAUUCGCGAAGUCCGGGCUCAAGUCCAGCAAGAACAAGGACAAGGGGAAGGGAAAAGCGACAUUUGAUUUUCCAGAAGACGAGGAUUUUGAUGAGAGUCUUGAGUUCGAACAAUUUCCGGCCCCGUUUAUAUCUGUAGGACCUCCCCCUCCGAUGAAGCUAUCACCCGACUUGCUUGAAGCCAAGCACUGGAUAUAUCCUUUGAAUCGACCGAAACGAGAUUACCAGUUUAAUAUUGUCAAGCAUUGUCUGUUCGAUAACACUAUCGUAGCGCUUCCAACAGGUCUCGGGAAGACGUUUGUCGCUGGCGUUGUAAUGCUGAAUUUUUACCGCUGGUUCCCAGAGGGGAAAGUCGUCUUCGUGGCACCAACUAAGCCCCUUGUCGCGCAGCAGAUAGAUGCUUGUCACCAGACAUGCGGAAUCCCUGGAAGUGACGCUAUCGAACUUACUGGACAGAACCCUAAACCUAUGAGGCAUCGAGCAUGGAAAGAAAAAAGGGUUUUCUACAUGACUCCUCAGACGCUCAUCAACGACUUGACGUCAGAGACUUUGCGACGCACGCGAUAUUAUUCUAAUCGUCACUUCCAUUAUUCCCUAAUCCUUUUCCUAGACGAGGCCCAUAGGGCAACAGGCGAUUACGCCUACAAUCAAGUUGUACGUUUCUUGAUGGCGAAAAACCCCCACUUUCGACUUCUUGCAUUGACUGCGACUCCGGGGGGAAAUCCUGAAGCUGUCCAGUCCUUAAUUGACGGUCUUCAUAUCAGCCGCAUUGAGAUUCGUGAUGAAAAUAGUUUGGACUUGAAGGCAUACAUUCACGAAAAGAGAAUAGAACAACAUAUUGUUUCCAUGAGCGAGGAUAUUGUGAGGAUUCGAGCAUUGUUAGCCCAAUUAAUGGAGAUAUAUUUCAAGCCGUUGGUGUCGAGAGGCAUGUUUCACGGGGGGAACGUCAUGAAUAUGCAUCCUUACGCCUUUCAAGCUCGUAUGAGGGACGCCCGGGGAAGUCAAGGAUGGGCAAUUUGGAAUCUAUCGAUGCUUAUGACUUUGGCACGCAUCAUGGGUUAUCUGGUUGAGGGCACAACAGAAAUGUGCUACAAUGCUUUGGUAGAGCUCGCAUCGGGGAACGGCAACGAUACUGGUGUGAAGUCAAAGGCAGCCUCCAAGGCAAAAAAAUUAAACGAUGAACCCGUCUUUCAUUCCCUCAUGCGAGAGUUGAAAGCCCAAAAGGCUCGUGGGUUUUCAAUGCAUCCAAAGAUGGAGCUCUUGAAGGGGAUUAUCGUUCAAUAUUUUGGAGAGAAACUUCCGGAUGACAAUGCGGAUGAAGUGCCUGAGAAGAGCAAAGCCAUGGUCUUCGCCACCAAUCGCGAUUCCGUAGACGAGAUUGUGGCGGUUCUCAAUGCAGAAAGACCUUUGAUUCGUGCGAGCAGGUUCAUUGGACAAGGCACUGAUAAGCAAGGAAGAAAAGGAUUCUCACAGCGUGAACAGUUGGAGGUCAUCAAAAGAUUCAAAGAGGAUGAGUUCAACGUCCUUGUUGCCACGUCCAUUGGAGAAGAAGGCUUGGACAUCGGUGAAGUCGAUCUCAUUGUUUGCUAUGACGCCCAGAAGACUCCCAUUCGCAUGUUACAACGAUUGGGCAGGACUGGGCGUAAACGUGCUGGCGUGGUUCAUGUCUUGCUCUCUGAAGGGAGAGAGGAAUUCAACUUGGAGAAAGCCAAGGACACGUACAAGAAUGUCCAGAAGACCAUCUGGCGGGGUGACCAGCUUGAAUUGUACGCUGACGUUGAACGAUUACUUCCAGAUCAUGUUACUCCCCAGUGUCUUGAAAAGACGAUGGAGAUCCAAGAAUACAUUCGGGUGGAUGGACGAAAGAAAUCACUGGGUGAAGAACCUCAGAGAGGUACCAAGCGCAAACGUAACGACGACAUUCAGCGAAAUAUACCUCCAGGAGCCAGUACAGGGUUCGUUCCUGUCCGGGACCUCGUCGUCAAAGGUGCCAAAAAGAAGAACAAGGGAGUGAUACUUUCUCGGGAUUUGGAGACUGCGGGACAGGACGACGAUACAGACCGAGAGCUUGAGCUUGGGAUGUUAGCUCUUAAACGUUCUAAAUCGACCGUCGAAGUACCCACUUCGAGGUCUACCAAGGGAAAGUUGAAGAAGUUGGCAGAACCAACAUUGAGCCAGGGCAUGGAUGAUUCAGAUGACAUGGAUAUUGAACAGGGUCUGAAUCCCUUACCGCCUGCAAAACCAACAUCCCUUCCCUUGUUAUAUCCAAACACUGAAAGCGUCAUCGAUCUGACCGACUCCGACUCUGAAGUUCCCAGACCUGCUCAUGUUCGUUCGUCGCAUUCCCCUAAAUCCGCUUCUCCCAACCCGGUAUCCUCAAAUCGAGAUAUGAGUUGGCUGGUGGAUGACGACGACGACGUAGCCUUUGAUAUCGUCAGCUCUUCUCCUAUUCAAAGCACUCCAAAACGUACACACGAGCGUUUUUCAGGCGGCGAAGACUCGGUGGAAAUUGUCGAUUCGGACGCUGCACCGUCUGACCUGGUAUAUGGUCACACACCUGCCAGUGACGUGGAUGAAUCCGUCCAAAUCAUUGAAAUGGAAACGCCUUUCAGAAGUCACCAGCACAAGCAAGCGAAGUAUGCUGGUGGAAAAGAAUCCGUUCAAAUCCUUGACCAUCCUAUCCGCUCCCCCGAUCUUGUGGUCGUACCUUCAAGCAGCCCCGUCUCAUCGCUCCUGGUGACGAAGGCUCGUGGAACGAGCAUGGCGCCGCCUCCCGUUCCUAGUCGGAUCUUCGCCUCUUCCUCUGAUACCAACUCUCCUCCUCAGUCUUCUUUCCCCAUACGUCCUCGCAUCAACAAAGGCAAAAAGAGAGCACGGACUGCGAUUGAAUCUCCUGAAAUGGAGCUGUCGCCACCGUCCCAGCGAAGGCUUCACAAACGCAAAAAGUCAGCUACGACACCCAAAUCUGACAAGUCGCGUCCACUACUUGACAAUGUAUGGGAUAUGGAUGCUGUACAUUCUGGUGAUGAAGUCAGUGAAGGCUCUUCACAUAGCGAAGACGAUGUGGAAAGUGAAUCCGACCGCCGUUUUCUUGAAGAGUUGCCUGAGACCCAGCUCUCGCAGUCGUAUGACCAAAGUCUAGCAUACCGAGAGAGUCUGUUGUCACAGGCACCUAUUGGAGGAGCAGGACCAGUGUUUGCCUACCGUCCUGUGAAACGAGGGCCGUUUGGAAGAGGAAACAGUAUUAGUAUGGCAGAACGGCGAGUAAUGUUAUCAAGCUCCCCCUCCAGAAGCGAGGAACCAGAUGAGUAUGAGAUGGGCAGCUUUGUAGUUGACGACGAUGCCGAGAUCCUGUAUGAUUAAUGCUAGUAAUAAUUGCACCAGCAAGUAGUCGCUUGACCUACUAGUAGUUGGUAGUUACUAAAUUCGUGUAGUAUUACAUUUCAUGGGUAUUGGGUAUGACGUCAUAUCUUCC